AUAGCAACGAGUAAGACUAUUUUGUCACGAUAAGUAAAUGUGUUACGUUAAAAUAUAAAAUUUUUGUUGUAUAAUAGUGUUGAAGUGUAGUGGAGACGUGUAUGUAGCGACGUGUUGCAUCCGUGGCUGCCUGCUCUCCCUCCCUCCCUGGUUGUCACAACUGCGUCGUCUUUGUCUACAACGUUACUUACGAAGUAGACGCUAUUUUGAUCUCACAAGACUGCAGCACCAUUCAGAGGUGCCAGACGCUCCUGUCAGUCUGACGGAUGAAAACCUGCAGGCUUCCAACCACGAUAAAGCUGAGCUGAGUUGAGAGUUAGGGCGAUGAUGUGUUAGUGGUGGAGUGUUGGAGGAGAGGUGAGGAAGUCUGGCUGUGUGCCCAGGGUGGCCCAGUCGAUGCCAGUGGUGGCUGUGUGCCUGAUCACCAUCAGUCUCCAUCAGGCCUCUCCGCCACCACCUGAUUGGGGCGGGCCGCCAGCACCAGGCCACCAGCAUCAGCAGUUUGUGGAGGAGGCGGCAGUGCCGUCGGGUAGUGAGUGGGGCGCGGGUGUGGCAGGAGCGCUCUCCACCAGUGAUUAUCCACCUCACCACAGCCAACCUCACUCCUGCCCGCACUUCCAGUUGCCACUCAUGACCACUACACCAACACGACGAACCUCCCACUCACAGCACUCUCAACAAGUAAUGAAAUACCACGUGUGUAGUGUAACAGAAUUUAGUGUGUAGAGUGCGGGAACAAGUGGAAUGAGUUGAGUGAGGGUAAUUAUCGUGGUGCUGGUAUGGGCAGGCAAGGCACAGCCGACCUUCCUUGGUGGAGUCCUGGCGUCAUGUUGCCUCCGGCGCAGAUCCACCACCGUCACCAUGCCCGUGAGUUGGUCCGGGAGCUGCCACCUAACAAUCCCCAGUACCGGAGGGAGCGACAGGAACUACGCCGUCGCCGCACACGUAAAGAACGAAAACGAUAUCGGGCGCAGGAGUGUAGCCCGAGCGGGGAAAGGUGGAGGAAUUGGUUGGUCCCCGGGUGGUUGGUGGAGGGACUGUGGGCGGUGUGGCAGUGGAGUCUUAACGUUGGAGUGGUAAUGUUGACGCGCCUUGUUAGUGUAAUCUGGAAGAAUUUGAGCGGCAGGGAGGUGGUGUCGGCCGCCUCAGUGAGCGGCAGCAGUGAGCGUGACUCAAAUGAGUCAGAUUCUGGUGAGGCGCUCAGUGUGUCUGCCACCAGAGACUCGUCCGGGCCACACGCAUCCCCCUGCGGAACGCCGCCCUCACCCCCGAUCCCGCCACACCUGUUUCCGCAAUACCGGGACUGCAGUUCUGUCCAGUCAGACACCCCAGCAGCAACAGCUGCCAGUGUUGGUGUAGGCGCUGCACAACCACGCCGUGUGCCGCGUGCCUCCAUGAUCCAUCCCACAAGUGAUCCCUUGCAAGCUGAUCCCCAUUGCACCUCCCAUCACCCUUGCCUAUUGCAAGGAAACCAUGGCCACCUCGUGUGUUCCGAUUGCUCAGGAAGGGCCACAUGGAUACACACACAAGGAAACAUCGAGGCAAGAUGCCUCCAGUCCCAUUCUGGAGGCGGUGCGAGGCUUCACCUCGCUGCAGGAGGAGAUGAUGAGUGCUAUCCGGGAUGCCAAGAAGACCUCAGCUUCCUUGGUGCUAGAGCGGCAGGACAGCACUUCCUCUGUUGCUAGCGGGGGCUCUCUAGGAUCACUUGGCUCAUUGGAUACUUUCCUCUCAGGAUGUCCGCCUGACUCCAGUGUCAGUUCUGUGGUCAGCUCUAUGUCAUCCAGCCCUCAGCCACGUCACAGCCCUCCACCUGACCUUCCUAACACAGCGACCAACCUGGACCCUGCAACACUGGCGUUCCUGGAGGCAUCACCCUUGGGAACAGGUGGCUACCUAAGAAGCGUCGACUACGACCAGUGUUUGGAGGACGACAUCGAGGCAUCAUUGGCCCACGUGGACCACCACUCUAACUCUGACACCGACACAGAGGUGGACGACCUGCAGCAGGUAGAGUAUAGUGACGGAAGCCUCACAGUCAGGGGUAAUAUGGUGCUGGACUUGACUCGUCGAUACUGGUCAGCUGACGCUAGUUUUCCCAGGGAGCUCACACCGCCUACUACAGGCCAGGAAGACCCCCUGCCACCCCCUGACCUUCCGGUGGACCCGGAGGUGCAGUUGCAGAGUGAGGAGGUGAUCAGGGCCAUUCUGGAUCUGACGAGGGGCUCUACACAUGAGGUUGAACAGCAAGACGAGUCCCAGUUCCCCGAGGUACAUCCCAAGUGGUCCGAGCCCCUGCCACCGCAGGCUACUGCUACCCUCAAGGUUACCCAAGGGCACCUUUAUCUCGCUGAAGGUGAUGAUAAUUGUACCAGCCUUGAGAGACGAUGUGGUCAAGUUAUCCCCGGUGAGAGUUGUUACCGUGCAGUGCAUUAUGAAAGAGAGGGAGAACACGGGGCAGUGAGGCAGUCAGAGGGUUAUCAGGAGGGCAGGGAGCAAGAGACAGCAACACUGCAACCUGAUAUUGCUCUCAGUCAAGAGAGGUCACAGGGCGGCGGUGGCGGAGAGGGCAGCGCGUCUCUCACUACAUUACUUGUCAGCAGUGGUAAUGCAGGGCACCACGAGGGGGAGUCAAGAGCAGCCCAGUGCAGUGUAUGUACGAAGAAAGAGGAAGCAGCAGCAGUAGCAACGGCAGCGGGAGAGCAGCCAGCUGGCCCACCCCUCCACCAGGAUGAAGUGGGUUCCUUCUCGGGGAAAUUCUCACACCACUCUCACUCCUCUCCCUUGCCACCACCCCCUCACCCCACUCCCUCGCCUGCUUCACUCCCUCCCUCGCCACCCACUUAUCCCCCUCCCUUGCCACCCUCUUACCAACCUCCCUCGCCACCUACUUAUGCCCCACCCUCACCACCUUACCCCUCACCCUCACCACCACCUUACCCCCCACCUUCACCACCCUCUUACACCCCGCCCUCACCACCCUCUUACCCUUCGCCGUCCACACCUUGUCUCCCACCCACUGAAUCCCAACUCUCUCACUCACCCUCACCACCCAUUUACCCACCACCCAUUUACCCACCUCCCUCACCACCCAUUUACCCACCUCCCUCACCACCCAUUUACCCACCUCCCUCACCACCCAUUUACCCACCUCCCUCACCUCACACCCAUCCGCCUCUUGCCUCGGUUAUCACCUCUCCCGGCACUAGCCAUCAAAACUUAUCGCAAGACCCAUCAAGUGAGCAAUCUGGUCUGGUGCAGGCUGAGAGAGGAAGCGGGGAGGCGGGGAUGACCGACCCGGUGGUGACCGAGGCAGGGGUGACCGUGCUGGAAGGCGGGGAUGCAGGAGUGACGAGGCCGGUCGUGCCAGUGCUGGACAUCACCAGCCUGAGGAACGAGAUCACAGCCAUUAAGGCAGAGAUACUCACCCGAAAGGGCAAGAAGACCCACCACAUCUUCGACUCUGAGGAGCGCUGCUUCGUCUCCUCCUGUGAGGAUAUCACUAAUCUCAGAGACGAGAUUCUCUCGCUUAAGAAAGAUUUCUACUCCCUUCUUGACGAAAACACCUCCGUAAGUAAGGGGGUUCCAAAGAAAUCCAAGACUCACCACCAGUCACAGAAACGUCACAAAGGACCUCUCCUAAAACACCAGCUGAAAUCUGUUAGUAUUGACAACGUAGAUGAGCUGAAGAAAAGCUCAGCAAGAAGUAAAGAAUGUCCGUCAUUCUUGACAAAUAAAGGAAAAAGAAGGAAACACGCUGGCGAGGAGGGUAUGUCUGUGAGUCUGGCUCUGGAUCUGGCUGAGGACGGGAGCCAGACUAGCAGCACUACUUCCAGUCACAUCUUUAAUACCCCACACAUCAGUACAGAGUCCUUCCAGUCUGCCCUCAGUGACUUGCCAGCGUUUACGGAGUCUCGAACCCCAGCCCUUUCUCCUGAAGCCCUUCCAGCCGCUCCUGAAACCUUCCCAGCCGCUCUUGAAACUUUCCCAGCCGCUCCUGAAACCCUCCCAGCUGCUCCUAAAACCCUCCCAGCCGCUCUUCAUGAUAACCUCCCAGACGCUUCUUCUAAGGCCUUCCCAGGCUUUUAUCCCAAGAGCCUUCCGGCCUCUUCUCCUGAUGCUCUCCCAGUCCCUCCUCAUGAGGCCCUCCCAGGAACGCAUCUCAUAGACACGCACUACCUCGACAAGUGCCUCCUUGACACGCACUUCCUCGACACGUGCCUCCUUGACACGCAUCUUCUAGACACGGACCACUUCAGUCACUCUUGUGACGACCCACAAGAACCACUACAAAGGGCUGGUGUUCUCGGUAGCAGCGAGGGGGAGGAGGAUAAGGAAAGCGAUAGUAAUGUGUUGUUGGUGAGCUGUGACGGUAGUGACAGUAACAGUGGUAGUGAAGAAAAUAGCCACAGUGAUACGUGUGAGGAUGAUCAUCUUGUUACAGUACGCCCAACUAGUGUCGAGAGGAUUUUAUAUGGCAUUGAACCUUCACCCUACAAUAUUAAAAGAACUGAUAUCCGGGAUCGAGAGCUGGAAGAGGAGGAGAGGGAAGAGGUGCUGGGAUCCGAUGAUGAGGAGCAAGAGGACCCUUUCGACUAUUGUAAAGGUGGCUAUCAUCCUGUGAAGAUAGGUGACCUUUUCUACAAUAGAUACCAUGUGAUUCGUAAGCUGGGGUGGGGUCACUUUUCCACUGUUUGGCUCUGUUGGGAUCUCCAAGCCAAGCGGUUUGUAGCACUCAAGGUAGUGAAGAGCGCUUCCCACUACACAGAGACUGCCCUAGAUGAAAUUAAAUUACUCAAAUGUGUUCGAGAAUCUGACGAGAAUGACCCUAAAAGAGAUAAAACAGUUCAAUUAUUAGAUGACUUCAAGAUCAGCGGUGUGAAUGGAACACAUGUAUGUAUGGUGUUUGAGGUGCUGGGCCACAACCUUCUUAAGUUUAUCAUCCGUUCCAACUACCAAGGGAUUCCCCUUGCCAACGUUAAGAAUAUUAUUCAGCAGGUGCUGGAAGCAUUGGACUACCUACAUACAAAAUGUCAGAUCAUCCAUACAGACAUUAAACCUGAGAACAUACUCAUGUGUGUGGAUGAGACAUACAUACGGAAACUUGCCUAUGAAGCAACGCAGUGGCAGAAGAUGGGACUUAAACUGCCUGGUUCUUUAGUGAGCACAGCACCAAAGCAUUACUCCCAGCCAGAUCCUAAUGCCAAGAUGUCAAAAAAUAAGAAGAAAAAGUUGAAGAAAAAGCAGAAGGCAAAACAGGCACUUCUUGAAACGCAAAUGAAGGAGUUGGAGGAAAUGGAGGAGAAGGAGGCACGACAAGCCCUAGAGGCGUGUGACAUAGCAACAGUUAACACAGCAGUGCUAAGUAAUGACUCGAGUUUAGAGGAGACAUGUAUGACACCACAGACUAAUGGCCAGCAGCUAGAAAAACAAAAGAGUAUUGAAGAGGUGCCUUUGAAGCUACAAGAGCAGCCACUGCCACAGCUUCAAGAACCUGAGUUAACACCCACCCAGCCACAGCCCCAGCCUCCACUCAUACCUCAGUCACAGCCUUGCCUCAUCACUCCUAAUCUCACCCUAGAAGAAGAGGCUCAGCAAAAACUUGAACACCGCAAGAGUCUAGCAGAGAUGUGUGAGGGGGAUGUGCGGCCGGGUGGGGCGGUGGGUCUUUCACUUGACCCACUCAUGAAUGGCCACGACAGCCCCCGCCCCACACUUGGCCGCUCAGAAUCUGAGAUUACGCCAGAUAUGAGACUUCCCCCAGAAGAUGAAGAUGGUGAUGAUGUUGGUGCUAACUACAACUUCACUGGAGGUAGUAGCAGUAGUGGGAGUGGAAUGCGAAGAGUAGCAUCCUGUCCUGACCAUAAAGCUAUUGAGCGUGUUCCUGAUCCUGUUCAUGAGAUUUGCGAUAUGAAAGUUAAAAUUGCUGACUUAGGUAAUGCUUGCUGGGUUGACCAUCACUUCACAGAAGAUAUUCAAACUCGGCAGUAUCGGUGCCUAGAGGUGCUGUUAGGAGCAGGUUAUGGAGCCCCAGCAGACAUAUGGAGUACUGCUUGUAUGGCUUUUGAAUUGGCAACUGGAGAUUAUUUGUUUGAGCCUCACAGUGGGGCUGACUACACACGAGAUGAGGACCACUUAGCACACAUAAUUGAGCUCCUAGGAAAAAUUCCACGCCAUAUAGCUCAGUCUGGCAAAUACUCAAAGGAAUUCUUUGAUAAGAAAGGGGACCUUAAGCAUAUCACAAAGCUCCGUCCAUGGGGCAUGUUUGAGGUACUGACAGAGAAAUAUGAGUGGCCUGAAGAAGAGGCACGUGCUUUUAGUGAUUUUCUCAAUCCUAUGCUGGCAUUUGACACAUCAGAACGAGCUACUGCUGGAGAGUGCCUCAAACACCCAUGGCUCAACUCAUGAACACGGGAAAAGCUUAAACUGCUCCCUCAGCCCUCUCUCUGGUAGAAAAUCAGUUUGUCUGAUUGGGCAGACUUACCCAAGCAGGAGAACCGCAUGGUAUCAGGGAGCAGUAACCCAUCUUCUCACUUGACCAUUCACAUAUACACUUAAUUAUGGUGAUCAGUAUCAGGGCAGAUACCAAAGAUGUCUCCAUAGAAUGACAACUGUUAAUGAAAUGUUCCAGAUCAACUCACCUGGUCCUUACCCAGUGUAGUGUCACCAUAGUACAUGAGUGGUCAAAUGAGGCAGGGAUUGAGGGUGGGCAGUGCACAUACCAGGGUUCGCCUUGGGGGUUACCGGCCCCAAUCUUGACCAGAAGUGCUUUUGACUCUUGAAUAUAAAGGACUGAUUUUAAAUUUGGUUCAUUCAGCUCUGAUUAUGCCAAGAGACUGAUUGGAGGAACCAGUAAUCUCUGUGCAAGUGUCUUAGUAUGAUGAAGACUGUGUCCAGUGAUUCUGAUGUGAGUGUACAUAAAGACAGUUGGUUGCUAAUCCUCUCAAUGUCCAUGAUAGUACAUAUUACUGAGAGGGGACAUUUGGAGGAAUCAUAUGUUCUUUUGCUGAUUUAACUGCUCAAACCACAAAUAUUUGUAAGAGGAAGCAGAGAUCCUAUGACUUAUCCUGCAUGAAAAGUGACUAUACAACCCUAUUCCACCAGCACUACUGCAGAACCUGGGAUAGUACUGGUACCAAGGACCACAUGCCCUGAUGACCUGCGGUGUUGUGUCAUUGUGCACAACGGGAUGGCUAUUUUUUUUUUUCUAAACAUUCAUUUUAAUAAUUAUGUAAAUAUUGCACCACUCUAUGAAGUUGGUUUCCCAUCAGCCCUGAAAUGUAAAAUGUUGGCUCUGAGAUACUGAUGGAACAAUGUGGUAGUUUUCAGUAGGUUGGAAUACACAAACUGCAAUUCUUCAAGCCACUGUUGAAAAGUUUGGGUUUCUUGCAUAUACAUAUAUAUAUAUAUACAUAU